AGAGUACAGUUUAUUUUACCUGUAUCGAUUGUUACCAUGGCGAGUUAAUAAUUACUUGCCAAUAAAAAAAAAACCGUAGGCUGCGGCUUUCAACACCUCACGCGCACACUGGAAGGAGGACAGAAACAAAAUCACCCCGGCAACCAACCUCAACUUUUUUUGGAUUCAUGUGCCAUUUUUAAAACGUAAAAGCAAAGGAUCGUUGAUUUGGGAUUGCGGACUGGUUUUGGUGAAUGGACAACGUAUUAGUGCUGUGAUGAAAUCGGCCGGGGUCGGGGAUGGAGGGCUCUUCACGGAGACGUACUGCAACAUCUGCAACGCCCAGCUCAUCUCUGAGUCUCAGCGCGUCGCUCACUACGAGAGCAAGAAGCACGCCAACAAAGUGCGGCUCUUCUACAUGCUGCACCCAGAGGACGGAGGACCGCCGUCCAAGAGACUGAGGCCUGACAACCCGGACGGUGAUGAGUCGGCGGUGGAUCAGAAUAAGUGCUGCACGCUCUGCAACAUGUUCUUCACCUCCGCCAUCGUGGCCCAGUCACACUACCAGGGCAAGACCCACGCCAAGAGGGUCCGCCUGGUGCUGGGGGAGAGCCCGAACACGCCCACGCCUACAGAUUCAUCCCCCAGCACACCCCAGCCCACGGACCCAGUCCCGGUCCCUGUUCCGGUUCCGGUUCCGGUUCCGGCCCUGCCCCCGCCCCCUCCCCUGGCCCCGCCCCCUCUGUGGCCGCUGGCGAAUAACGGGGAGGCGGGGAAGUACUGCUGCUUGUGCGGGGCGUGGUUCAACAACCCGCUGAUGGCGCAGCAGCACUACGAGGGCAAGAAGCACAAGAGGAACGCCGCGCGCGCGCGCCUGCUGGAGCAGCUCGCCGGCAGCCUGGACACGCCCGAGGGCACAGGCCUGCGACGCAGUUACUCCUGCAGUGUGUGCAGUGUGAUCCUGAACUCGAUCGAACAGUACCACGCCCACCUCCAAGGCUCAAAGCACCAAAACAACUUGAAGCAGAACCAGCAGUAAAGACCAAUCGGACACCAGUGUGGCCUGGAGGAACACGGAGGAUUUCUUUGGGCGCUUUGGGACACGCCCACCAUGAUGUCACAGAGGUUGUCAAUGAUGUCACUGGACUAGCCGUCCACGCUAUUGGACAGAGAGCAGCAUCGGAAGGCCUUCCUGAACGCUGAGGUGCUACUGGUAAAAAAUAACCAUGGGCCUUUUCUUGACUGCUGUCCAUAAUUGAUGUCAUUUGUGUUACCAAAAAAAAAAAAAAACACACACUGAGAAUAAUGAUAGUCAUAGGAACAUGUAGGAGCCAGCCUGGAGUUGGCUGGUGGUGGUGUUUUGUGAGUGUUUUUAACGGGUCCGUCAGUAUUCUGUACUCUGGACGGUGGUUAGAUGUAAUAACGUUUGGCUCAGGUUCAGUCACGGACACUGGGAUAAGUGGACCAUUUCAAACUCUACACUGCUCUCUGGUGUGCUAUAACCUUUCACGACGCCUGCCUGCCACGUACCCGCUCGCAAAAGCUGAGCCCGCUUUGCUUCUCCUGCGUUCCUCUGCCCAGUUUAACCGCCGAACCCAGCCUACGGCCACCCAGCAACCUUCACCAGCGCCCGGACCCGACAGUCUGCUCCAGCAGCUGCUCCCGCUAACACAUCGCAAUCAGGAGAAAACCUCUCCUGAAGUUCCGCUGAUUGCCCUUAAGCUGACUAAAAUCCCUCCAAGUGGAGCUUGCUGUUGUGUAAAAAAAAAAAAAAAGAAGCCUGGUGGGUAUUAUUUUGCUGAAGAAAAGAAUCAGUCCAUUUCGUUUGCCCAUUUCUAGAGAGAGGAUGUCACAGGGACCAACGCUGCAAAUCAGUAUUUCUUUUUUUUUUUUUGCAGAGAAAAGCGAGGUUGUACAAAAGGUCCUCUCGCAGAGAAUCUCAUCAAAAUAACACACUUUGUACAGUCUAAGAUACUGAGCUGUCAGGAAUCAGCAGAUUCGUGCCCUUGCUUUUUAAUUAAGAGAAAUAAAAUAUACGCGAUGAAAAUGAUCCAACUUGCCAAAGCUGCAGCUCAACUCAAGGGCACCAAAAUAAUGCCUCCAUACAAAUCUAAAAUAAUGCUUGGCUUUUUUUUUAU